AUGGCGGCAUCUCCUGCCGUACAGGCACCCACUCGUCCCCCUUCGCUCCCUUCUCUCGCCGCGACAUUCGGUCCCUUCCCUUCUCCUUCCCAUCCCGCGCACCAGCACCACGCAGAGUACCCAACCGCGCCGACUAGUGCGAGUUCGACGAGCUCGACCAUCGAGAGCAGCGCGCCUCUCACGCCCAAGGACUACCUCCCUCCGAUGCCGUCCCCUCCUCCCUCGACCACUCGUUCCUCGACACGCAGAUCUCCAUCGAAACUCAAGAGAGCUGACUUUGCGGUCGCCCCGAUCCCCCCAUUUCGAGGAGCGCCAGGAGAACGACGACUUGGCGCGGCGACCGCUCCUCCGACCGCCCUUCCUCCCAUUACGCCCUCUUCGGCCGUUCCUCCUUCUCUGACGAAGAACGACCGACGAGUGUCGUACCCCUCCGUCCUUGCGGCGCCCUCGGUCUUUUCCGUCUUCUCGCUCCCGGCACCAGGACCACCGAGCCGUCCUCCCGUCCCGAACGGCAUCACGACGGGACUUGGGAUCGAAGGAGUCGGCGUUGGUGCAGCAGAAUCGAAGGAGGCGCUCGUCAUCGAACGACUUGGCGAGGCGCCGAGUGGCGGAAAAGGAGGGCGCAGGGGCUCGCUCAAGAGGGUUCUUGUGUCGGAUGAGGAGGACCAGCUCGCUCCUGUCGUCCAGGCGAAUGCGUCUGGAAUGAACGGGCGCGACCCGUCAUCCUUCCCUCUCCCGCUCAAGCGCCCUCCUUCGCUCCCUCGCAACGACUCGGCCCCCUCGCUCGAUCGGCGUCGUGCCGACUCCUCUUCCCCGAAGCACUCGCUCGGCCAAACCGGCGAAGGAGGGAGAGCGGGAGGGGCAGGAGGAGGAGGAUCGCCGACUCUGUCGAACAAGCGACCGAGGACAAGGCUCUCGCCUCUCGAGUCGCUCGCCGAUACCGCUACGAGCAUCCUCUCUGCCUCUGCACCGGCAAGCUCGCAGCACAACAACUCGCACACCCAGCACGCGGCGGGACCAGCUUCCUCGUCGUCGGGAGUUCCGAUCUCGUCACUCCUCAGCGGACCGACCUCCUCGUCGGCGACCUCGCCUUCUUCGGCUCUCGAGGCGUCCAAGGCUAUCAAGGAGCAACAGCAGCGCGAGAUUGAUCGGAGGAGAGAAGCGGCGGGACUCGCGGCUGGACCUGCGCCGGGCAGCGUGCAGGCGGCGCUGGGAAAACUUCGCGCGCAGCAACAGGCUUCGACGGGUUCGACUUCGUCUUCGACGGCAGCGGGAGGAGGAGGACUCGCGAAGAGGAGGGGACACCGUCCGCCAGCCGUUGCGACCGGUUCGUCUGCCGCGCCCGCCUCGCACCGACGAAACGCCUCGACCUCGCACACGGCGCCAGCGCACGACUUUGCGCUCCACCACCCUCCCCUGCGCAGCGCACCGGCAGUCGAGAUCCCCUCGGUCCUCGUCGGGUCUCCGCUCGAAGCGACGUUCGCUGCGAGAGCGGCAGCAGCUCGCGAGGCACCUCAGAUGCGGCCUAGUGCGUCGUCGUCUGGCGCUCCUGCGUCUUCAGGAAAGAAGGACUCGAGGAGACAGUCGGGCGGCAAUGUACAGCCUCAGCCGCCGCUCGUCUCGUCGAGUUCGUACUAUAUCCGCCCAAAUCAGCCUCUCGGUCCUGGAGUCGCUUUCCCGCCUGCUCCUCCAUCGUCUACGUCGCCAAAGACAUCGACGGCUGGCGGCCGGAAGGAUGACCCGAAGCAGACGGGUCCGCGGUUGCCGCCCAUCUCGAGGAUGACGAGCGGGUCGCGGGUUCCCCAGCAACAGCAGCAGCAGCAGCAGCCUCCGCCUCCUCUGCCCGGGCUCUCGCACAGCUCGCAGAGCGCGUUGGCGCACUUGCCAGGCUUCUACCCUCCCCCGCCUCACCACCUCCCGGCUUAUCAACCUCACUCGCCUCUGACCUCCGCUCCUCUCGGUCCGGCGCCAUCAACACCUCUCUACCCACCUCAUCCCUCUUCUGCGCCUGCUCCCGGCCCAGCCUCAAAACAAGCCUUCCUCGGCCUCUUCUCGACCUUCUACGACUCCCUGUCCGACUCGCGCGUCUUGACACACUCGCUCGACUUCCAAGUCCAGCGCGCGAAUGCGGUGUUGUCGACGCUGCAGCAGGCGGAGGGACAGCUCGAGGCGCUUGUUGAAACCAGGGUUAGCGAGGUCAGGAGGGAGUGGGAGGAGAGGUGGACGGGUGUUGAGGAGCGGCUUGCAAGGCUGGAGAGGAGCGCCGGGUUGAGGGCUGCGGAUGGGUUUGCGGGAUUGGAGGAGCGUUUGGCGAGGCUCGAGAGGCUCGGGAACCUCGUCACCGCCCAGCAGCAGGAUCAGUCGGUCGGGCAGUCGAGUCGAAGAACGAGCGCGAGUACGGACAGCGGGGUGGAGGGCGGGACCGAGGGUAGCGUCACGAGCGUGUCAGCAGGCGGAGGAGCAGGAACUGCGCCAGGCGAGCGCGAGGACGAGGAGAUGAGGCAGGUGUGA